GCUCUGAGGAUGGUCGGAGCUCAGUCGCGCUUAUGGGCGAGACUCACUAUUUUGUUUUACUGCAAUCGCUGGGGAAACGCUCACACGCUGACAUGAACCAGAGUCCGGCCGUGUGCGCCGAUCGAAGCGGAAACUUUUAGGAUGGACGGGAGCGUGCAGAAGUAGCGCAGAAAGCCAGAGACAAGCGAGGAGCCUCUGCAUUCAUCUCCGUUCAGCUCGGCUCGGCUCGGCUCAACCCGCCAGCACUACAUGCACUCACUGUACUGCACUGCGCUGCACUGAGCUAGAAUGUACACGCACAGACCUCCCUGCUGCUUCUAACCUCCAGCACUCACUUUAACCUCAUCGGACUCGAGAAAACAACAUUUACCCCGAGUUGUUCUCACGGCUGCAGUCGCGACGUCUUCAAACCUCUUUUUGAACCUGUCAUCGUAAUUAUGGCGGGGAAAGGGACAUCGCAAGGCACGGGAAUAUUGCUGAUCACAGCCAACGUCGGUUCUCUCUUCGAAGAUCCUGAAAACCUACAGAAGCCAUGGCUGCAGGAGUUUUAUCAGACGGUGCACACACACAAACCGCACUUUGUGGCGUUACACUGUCAAGAAGUGGGUGGAAAGAAUUACGGCGAGUCAAUGGCACAUGUGAGCAGCUUCAUCAAAGAGUUACUGUCCAGCGAAGACAUGAAGGAGUACAACAGAGCCCGCAUCUACCUCGAUGAGAACCACAAGUCCAUAGAGCAUUUCACAGCACUAGGAGUUUGCUACUUUGUACACGAGUCCCUAAAAACCAUCCAACAGUUUGACUUCAAAGCCAAGAAGUUCAAAAAGCUGGUUGGCAAGGAGAUCCAUUCGGACACUUUACAGGGCAUCACCACGCUGGAGAAGGAGAAGUUUCCGAAAGACUACUUUCCUGAGCGCAAAUGGUCCAGAAAAGGUUUCAUGAGGACACGCUGGGCUCUGGCCGACUGUGCAUUCGAUUUGGUCAAUAUUCACCUGUUCCAUGAUGCCUCCAACCUGGUGGCGUGGGAGAACAGCCCUUCUGUCUACUCAGGCUCACGACAGAAAGCUUUGCGAUACGCUCUCGACAGGAUCAGUGAUCAACGCUAUGAGAAGGUGCCGUAUUUCAUCUUCGGCGAUUUUAACUUCAGACUGGAUGCAAAGCAGGUUAUAGAGAAUCUGUGCUCCAUGUGCAGCUUGCAAACAGUUCCGUCUGCUAAAACUGGUGAUGUGGACAAACUCAUCUUCAAAGAGACGGAUAACGACCAAAAGGUUGUACUACAUGUCGAGAAGAAGCUUUUUAACUACAUUAACCAGGACGUUUUCCGGGAAAACAAUGGAAUACAGCUGUUAGAGUUUGACAAGGAGCUGGCUUUCUUUAAAGAUCUAAAUGAGCUGGGAAUCUCCUUUCCUCCCAGCUACCCAUACAGCGAGAACUGCAAUGAGGGGAAGGAGUACAUGAAUACACGAUGCCCUGCCUGGUGUGACCGGAUCCUUAUGUCCUCAUCUGCCAAAGAACUGGUCUUGAAGCCAGACACUGAUGAGAAGCAAAUAACAUAUGACAAUAUGGGGCCCAAUGUUUGUAUGGGGGACCACAAGCCUGUUUUCCUGUCCUUUCGAUUAACAACAGGGACAGGUAAACCUAAUGCAAAUAAGCCCAAGUGUUGUGUCAUGCAGUGAUGUGGGAUAUGCAGCCAAAGAGAGGAACAGAUUUCGCUACAAGAGACCCUGUGAGAAAUUUGGAGACAGCUGGACAUAUACACACACACACACACACACACACUUACUUAUUAGACUUUUCAGCAGGACUGACCAGUCAUAUUAAACCAAGUACACGACGAGACCACAUCACAAAAAUUACAGAUUUUGUCCAAAUCUGCUUUAGGAUUCAGCCUUGACUUAGGAAGACACACAUAAUACUAGUACACACACAAACACUCCCUUUCUCUUACACACACUCACGCACCAUUUGUCCCAAAACACCACAAAGGACAACUCUUCUUAUAAUGUAUAGCCUCAUUGCCAAAACUCUAAUAGAAGCGAGAAGUACUACAUAUUUUAAAGAGCAUA